CACCUAUCGAUUUGGAACUUUGGAUAAGAACAACUUUACACAGUACCAACAAUCACCAUGAAGAGCUGCAUAUAGAUAGCUUAUUCGCACAAUCGUUCUCCACUGCCCCUCUUUCCAUUCCCUUUCUCUAUUGCUCGCUGGGUCUCGCGGCUUGACCGCUCCCAUAUUCCACCAUGAGGCCCAUCGCUCUUCGUCUGCUGGUGCUGGCAGCCCUGAUUGUUCUGGCCGCGGCCUGGAGCAAGGAAGACUAUGAAAUUUUCCGUCUUAAUGACGAAGUCACCGCUGCAGAGGGUGCCAAUGUGACCUUCUACGAUUUCCUGGGCGUCAAACCCAAUGCCAACCAAGACGAACUGAGCAAGGCCUAUCGUCAGAAGUCGAGACUCUUGCACCCCGAUAAAGUCAAGCGGUCCUUCAUUGCCAACAGCUCCAAGGACAAGUCUCGAUCCAAAACCUCCCAGGCUGGCGUCCAUGUCAACAAGGGUCCUUCGCAGCGGGAAAUCGCUGCCGCCGUAAAGGAGGCCCACGAGCGCUCUGCCCGCCUGAAUACCGUCGCCAAUAUCCUCCGUGGCCCCGCUCGCGAGCGCUAUGACCAUUUCUUGAAGAAUGGAUUCCCCAAGUGGAAGGGAACUGGAUACUAUUAUUCGCGAUUCCGCCCGGGCUUGGGAUCGGUUCUUGCCGGACUGUUCUUGGUAUUCGGCGGUGGUGCACACUACGCUGCCCUGGUUCUGAGCUGGAAGCGUCAGCGCGAGUUCGUCGAUCGGUACAUUCGUCAAGCUCGGAGAGCCGCCUGGGGCGACGAAUCGGGUGUCCGGGGUAUCCCUGGUCUUGACGGUGCCCCGGUCCCUGCUCCUGCUCCUGCCCCGGCCCCGGCCCCUGAACCAGAAGCGGCCGCUAUGCCGAUGAACCGUCGCCAGAAGCGCAUGAUGGACCGCGAAAACCGUAAGGAGGGUAAGAAAGGCGGUCGGGCGACUUCGCGUAACUCGGGAACCGCCACACCUACCUCCGAGUCUGUGGAGCCUACCGGGGAGAGAAAGCGGGUAAUCGCAGAGAACGGAAAGGUGUUGAUCGUCGAUUCGGUCGGUAAUGUGUUCUUGGAGGAGGAGACGGAAGAAGGAGAGCGCCAGGAAUUCUUGCUCGAUAUUGACGAGAUCCAGCGUCCCACAAUCCGUGAUACGAUGGUGUUCCGCCUCCCGGGUUGGUUCUACCACAAGACGGUCGGCAGACUGCUCGGUUCUUCCCCAGCAGCGGAUAACGGUGCUGAGGUAGAGGAGGAACCGUCCGAUGUGGUGGAGCAGUCGGCUGAAGGCACCAGCACUUCUGCGGCACCAUCUAAGUCUGGCUCCUCCAAAAGACGGGGGAAACGGUCACAAAAAUCGUAACCCAGGUGAUGUAAAGGGGAAGGCAGCUUCGCUUUGUAUGCCGCAUCCGCUUUGGUUCUUUGCUCUCCUUGGAGUCUACAAAUGGGUUCCACGAGGGCAAGUGUAUAAACAGUGUUUGGUGUCUAAAAAUUCAUUUUCAAAGGCCCUGGCGAGCAUUUCAUUGGCAAUAGUGUCUAAAUACAUCACAAAAAAAACAUUGCUUAUAAGCUCUGUGCAUGAUACAUGUCAGAAGUUGUGUCC